AAUCCCAAAUUAAAUUCAUGAGCUAUCAGUGGCUCAUUUACAAAAUUAUUCAAAUGGAUGACUAACAUCAUGUAACCACAAUGACAACACUACUUAGAGGUGUAUUAUUUUAUCAACAGUAAGUGGUUAUUCAUUAGAUAAAAUUAAACAAAGUCAAACCUUUUUGUAUGAUCCUUGACAUCUACUCGCAUCAUUCCUUGUCCCUACAAAACAUAAGUUUAUCAAUGAGAAAACUUCUUCUACCUCAAACAUACUACACAAUAAAAACAAACAUACUUAUAUACUCCGCUAUAUAAGUUCGCCGUUACUUUUGUGUACUAACAAACUGCUUACCUACGUUGUAUUGUGCUCUUAUCAAUUAUCAAGAUAGUGGCACAUAAGGUUCGUUCACUCGAACUUAACCCUGUCGUUGUAUCGGAACAUAUUAUUAAAAUAUUAUUGAUACUGAGCAAUACAAUAUUUACGUAGUACUUAGUAAGGUUAGUUCAUCCUACUAUAAACGCUAAAGUUUAUACGUAUGGAUGAUUGUUCCUGUUUCACACAAACAUCACUGAACAGAUGUCAUGGACAUGAUUAACAAAUUGGAUAGUAUUUAUGUUCCCGGGGGACUAUUUUUGCAUUGCAGGGCAAUAGCUAGUUCACGAUAUUUUAACACCAAAAGUUUUAAACGUAUGUUAUAGAUUCAGAAAUCAUUUACAUUUACUAAAUGAAACAAUUUACUUAAUUACUACCAGUACUUUUGAUACCAUUCCUAUUUGAAUCGAAUUUCCCAGGCUACUAAACCUAUCAAAACACCCACAUCCGACAUUCAGCGGUUAAUGUUGAUCUAACAAAUCGUUUUAUCAGUAAGACUAUUUGUCUGCGAUCGCAGAAAACACUAGAUACAAUUGAUUCUUCAAUCAUUGUCGCCAUUAUACUCGAGUGAUUUGACAUGGAUACAGUUAAGCAAGACUACCCCUGGGAAAUACAAGAUGUAGAGCCCAAUUUGGCUGGUGAACUAGCCAAGUACUUCAGAAACGAGCACAAAAACUACAUACGCGUGGGACCUAAGGGCUAUUUUUUCCCGCAAACUUUCAAGGAUGAAGCUGUGAAUAUCUACAACAUGCAAAUAAGAGCGAGUGACGUAUUCGUCGCUAGUUACCCCAGAUCAGGUUCGACAUUGACUCGAGAGCUGGUCUGGAUUGUAGCUAACGACUGGGAUUUCGAAAAAUCAGUGACCAUACCGCUAGUCGGAAGGUUUAUGUUUCUGGAAUUUCCCACGCUCGUGCAUCCAGAACUAAUUGACAGAAUCAUGAGCGAAACUAAAGAGGAAACAAAAAUGAAUCUUAUCCAAAUGAUAACGCAGCCAGGCACUACAAGGCUGUCAAAUGCAGCCUCUCCGCGCUUCAUCUACACCCACCUGGCUUUAUCCCUGCUCCCCCCAUCUCUGAUGGAAACUGGUAAAGUGGUGUACGUGGCUCGCGACCCCAGGGAUGUGGUUGUCUCGUUCUACCACAUGAACAGACUUCACCGAUUGCUGGGUUACAUAGGAGACAUGAAAACGUUCUGGAACUUCUUCAUGCAAAACUCAAUUUACUGGACACCAUACUUCGAGAAUGUAAAAGAAGCAUGGGCGAUGAGGCAUCACACUAAUAUGUUGUUUUUAUUCUACGAAGAUAUGGUUCAGGACUUACCAUCUGUGAUCCGGCGGGUGGCGUCGUUUCUCAACAAACCUUGCCUUGAAGACAAAGUGGCUCGCCUCACCAAACAUCUGAGCAUCGACAGCUUUCGCAAAAACAAAGCGGUGAACUACGAAAUCAUGGACGAACUAGGCCUUCUCAAUGACGGAGAACAACCUUAUAUUAGAAAGGGUAAGGCGGGCGGCUGGCGCGACUACUUCGACGAAGAGAUGACACAACAAGCAAAGAAAUGGAUAGCGGACAACCUGCGAGACACAGACCUGAGGUUCCCGACUCAUAAGUGAAGCAACAAAUUUGUUUAAACCUGUCUAAGUGUAUAAUAAAUAUUUUAAUGUUUUAUUGAA